GUGAGGGGUUGCAAUCGGGAUUAACUCUCACCACCUCGGCUCUUGUCUGUCAUUGUUUUCCAAAACCCGGGCUAGACUCGUCACGGGGUAUUCCUUUGGUGUCACCAUAUAAAUACCUCCUGGGAAGCUGUUUGUCAUCAAACUGUUUCGGUGCUAGUUGUCUUCAUCACAGACCAAACUAUCUGGUAUUCCUCCUUUUCGGUCCAGCACUAAGCUGACAGACACAAUGGUUCCCAAGCCCAAGAUCACGCUCUACCUCGAUACUGUCAGCCCGUUCGCAUACGAGGCGUAUCACAUUCUGCGGAACGACCCUAUCUUUAAAAAUGUCGACAUCAAAUACGUGCCCAUCUUCCUCGGUGGCUUGAUGAACAAGUGCUCCAACACCCCACCCAUCAAGAUCAAAAACAAAGACAAAUGGAUCAACGUCGAACGCCUCCGCUGGGCCCACGCCUUCUCCGUUCCCAUCGUUACCGACAUGCCGCCCAACUUCCCACCCAACACGCUCCCUGUCCAGCGGGUCCUAGCCGGCAUCGAAGCUUCAUCAUCUCAGUCCCAAUCCGCCGUCAUCGCCGCCCUCGACGCCCUCUACAAAGCCUUCUGGGCCCUCGGUCAGCCCAUCUACGAACCCGCUCAACUGCGCUCCGUCCUUGCCUCUUCCCUCGGUGGGGAAGAAGCGGCGGAUAAGGUGUUGGGAGCAGCGCAGACUGCCGAAGUCAAGCAGAGAUUGGUGGAGAACACGGAUAAGGCGUUUGCGGAGGGGGCGUUUGGGUUACCUUGGUUCACAUGCACCAACACGAAAGGGGAGACGGAGGGGUUUUGGGGGGUUGAUCAUUUGGGACAGGUGGUGCAGUUUUUGGCGCUGGAUAAGGAGGCGAGUGGGAAUGGAGGGUGGAAGUCGGUUUUGUGAGGGGUGAAGGAGGGAGGAAGGUGGUUGAGUGAAGCUGUGAGAGGGAGACGUGGGAUCACAGGACAGGCAGGCAUGAUGGGUCAGGCUGUGCAGUUGUGAAGCUGUAAUAAGCGGUAGUGGUAGUUGAUGUGAUGAAGGUAUUCCCAAAGACAAGAUCAUACAUUUACGCAUCAUCGACCAUUUCGACCGAGUGCAUCAUGAACAUAACCUAGUAUUGCUGAAGCC